UGCCCAUUUCGCCUCCGUUCGGCUCGGCUCGGCUCGGCUCGGCUCGGUUCGGCUCGGCUCCGUCCCGUCCCGUCCCGGUUUGGUUCGGCCCGGCCAUGGGCUGGCCCGUGCUGCUGACCGCGGCCGCGCUCCUGGCCCUCGCCGCCGCCUGGCAGCCCUCGGCCGAAGAGGAGCAGCUGUUCAAGGCCUGGAUGCUGCAGAACGAGCGGCGGUACGGCCCGGAGGAGUACCCGCGCAGGCUGCGCAUCUUCCUGGCCAACAAGCGGCGCAUCGAGGAGCACAACGCCGGCAACCACAGCUUCCAGAUGGGCCUCAACCAGUUCUCGGAUCUGACCUUCGCGGAGUUUAAAAAGCUCUACCUGUGGAGUGAGCCGCAGAACUGCUCAGCCACCAAGGGGAACUUCCUGCGCAGCUCCGGGCCCUACCCCGACUCUAUCGACUGGAGGAAGAAGGGGAAUUUCGUGACGCCUGUGAAAAACCAGGGUGCCUGCGGGAGCUGCUGGACCUUUUCCACCACGGGCUGUUUGGAGUCUGCUAUUGCCAUUGCCACGGGAAAGCUGCUCUCCCUGGCUGAGCAGCAGUUGGUUGAUUGCGCCCAGGCCUUCAACAACCACGGCUGCAGUGGGGGCCUGCCCAGCCAAGCCUUCGAGUACAUCCUGUACAACAAGGGGCUCAUGGGGGAGGACACGUACCCGUACCGGGCCAAGAAUGGCACCUGCAAGUUCCAGCCCGAGAAGGCCAUUGCCUUUGUCAAGGACGUUAUCAAUAUCACGCAGUAUGACGAGGACGGCAUGGUGGAAGCUGUGGGGAAGCACAACCCAGUGAGCUUUGCCUUUGAGGUGACGAGUAACUUCAUGCACUACAGGAAAGGAGUGUAUUCCAACCCGCGCUGCGAGCACACCCCGGACAAGGUGAACCACGCCGUGCUGGCCGUGGGCUACGGCGAGGAGGACGGCACUCCUUACUGGAUCGUCAAGAACUCCUGGGGCCGGCUCUGGGGCAUGCAGGGGUACUUCCUGAUUGAACGAGGCAAGAACAUGUGUGGUCUCGCUGCCUGUGCCUCCUACCCCGUUCCUCAGGUGUAGGAGCGCAGCGCAGGCUGGGGACAGGGGACAGGGCUGCAGCCACUGCUGGUGUUCCCAUGUCUGAGUGUGGGAUGAGGGCGGGAUGAGGCACCACGCCUGUGCCGGGAGGUGUGACCUGCUGGAAGCUGUGACUGCAGGCAGGUGUCACCUGCUGGAAGGUGUCACCUGCCUGAAGGUGCGACCUGCUGGAAGCUGUGACUGCUGGAAGCUGUCACCUGCAGGCACGCUGCUUGGCUGGCACACAGCUCCUGCAGCACGACCUGAGCCUGCUCUCUCCAGCCGAACCCACCCACGCGUGCUCCCGGCAGGUUCCCUCCUCCUGCAGGUGUGCCCAGCUGUGCCUCCAUGGGCACCUGCGGGGCAGCAGGGAACCCACACAGGUCCCGAUUCAGGGCGCACAGAGCUCCCCCGGUCCUUCGGGUGGCUUUUUUUGCAAUCACCAGGUGUAAAUUUUAGUGAUUUUUAAAUUUUCUUUGAAGGCACUUUCUCUGUUCUUUAAACGAAGGAUGAGUGAGUGCUGUGAUUUGUACACUUUUAUCAAUUUUCAUGAAAUGUCUGCUAUUUUUUGUAUUAAAACCCAGGCUAUUUUAAUGCACAGAGAAGAAACGUGUGGUUUUUCUUUAACCCAUCAGCAAAGCCGCGAGAACCUCGGUGCCAAUUCUGACCAGGCGCUGGGGA